GCUGAUUUCGGGACCGCGAAAAUUAACUCGCUGGCCCAUCUACGUUCUGGGACCGGCGGGGAACUGCACACCGCUAAACUACAACCAGCGAAGGAGAAGGAGCCGCUGGAGAAGCUGUACCAUGUGGGCCCGCUGCUGGGGAGCGGCAGCUUCGGCUCGGUUUAUUCCGGUAUCCGCCUCUCCGACAGCACACCGGUGGCCAUCAAGCACGUGGCACGGGAGCGCAUCUCUGAGUGGGGCGAGCUGCCCUGCGGCACCCGUGUGCCGAUGGAGAUCGUGCUGAUGACCACGGUGGGCUCCGGCUGCAGCAACAUCAUCCAGCUGCUGGACUGGUUCGAGCUGCCAGACAGCUUCGUGCUGGUGCGUCCGGAGCUGUCGCAGGACCUCUUCGAUUUCAUCUCGGAGAGGGGGUCCUUGUUGGAGGAGCUGGCGCGGGGCCUUUUCCAGCAGGUGCUGGAGGCUGUGCGGCACUGCCACAGCUGCGGGGUCCUGCACCGCGACAUCAAGGAUGAGAACAUCAUCCUUGACCUCGCCACCGGUGAGCUCAAGCUCAUCGACUUUGGCUGCGGCACCUUCCUCAAGGACACAGUGUACACCCAGUUUAAAGGUGAGCCCACACCUGGGGGGAUGCUCCCGGUACCGGGCAUUGCACGGCCCAGCCUGGCUGGGCACUGGCGGUUCCCCCGUUUGCUGGGGGGGUGUGUAAUUAAUUAUUUUUUCUGUUUGUUUUUGUUUUGGUUCUCCUUUGGGGGCACCCAACCAUCUUCCUGACCUGAUUUCGGGACCACGAGAGGAUCGGAGACCUCACCGCCAGAAAAGCUUCAACGGGGGGGAAAAGUGACUGUGGGAGGAGGGCAGGCUGGUGCAGAGCAUGUGCUGGGG